AUGGCCACUCAAAGAGCCUCUACAUCUACUUCCAAAGAUAUUCAAAACAGAGAGAGAGCCCUUUUAUCUUGUUCAGAAAAAGAUGAAAAUAUCAGAAACUCUUCGUCAUCAUCUUCCACAACACCUCGAUGGAAGCACGAUGUUUUCCUUAGUUUCUGUGGCAAAGACACUCGUAAGAGUUUUACGGAUCAUCUAUAUGUUGGUUUAAAACGGAAAGGUAUUCUCGUCUUUAAGGAUGGUGAAACACUCAAGCGAGGAGAAUUCAUUUCUAAAGAGCUUUUGAAAGCAAUUCGAGAAUCUAUAUACACAAUCAUCAUUAUUUCACAAAACUAUGCAUCAUCCAAAUGGUGCCUCAUGGAACUUGCUGCGAUCGUUGAAUGGGCUGAAAAGACGGAGCUCACAAUUUUGCCCAUUUUCUAUCACGUGAAUCCUACUGAUGUAAGAAAUCUGACAGGGUCUUUUGAAAAAGCUUUCACUGCCCAUGAAAACAACCCCAAGGUUGGCAUCAAGAAGAUACAGAAGUGGAAAAAUGCUUUCCGAGAAGUCGGCAAUAUCGCCGGAUGGGAUUUACAUGACAGGUAA